AUGUCGAUGACGACGGUAAUAACGAGCCCGGUGCGGGCUACCACAAUCACUUCACACCAGGCUAAGAUUUUCAAUGAAGGAUCCAUCACACAGCGCGAGCUCAACAGCAGUACAGAAUCAUCGCCGCGAGGGUCUAUCAAAGACGAUCCCAUCCUAGAAGCAUCGCGUCUAGCAGAUCUCGAAGCUCCCGAUGGAGGCCGCGGCUGGGUUGUCGUCUUGGGGUGUUCGAUACUGACGUACUGGUUCAUCGGCACAAGCUACAGUUGGGGAGUCAUCCAGAGCGCACUCGUGGAAGAUGGUAUCGCAUCAGCCGCAUCUCUCUCCUUUGUCGGCUCGGUGGCUACCUCCUUAGUCUCAGCCUUAGCUCUUAUCACUGCUAAAAUAAGCGGGAAACUUGGUUCGCGGUACACUUGUAUGAUAGGUAUCACCAUGCUGGGAUUGGGUGAGAUCCUCGCGGGAUUCACGACCCACGCUGUCGGUGGUCUGUUUGCAACUGCGGGGGUAGUCUUUGGAAUAGGGAAUGGCCUUUUGUUUAUGACUGCAUCUGUCGCACCUGCUCAGUGGUUCUCGAAGAAGCGUGGCCUCGCCAAUGGCAUCGUGUUUGCAGCCGGUGGCCUCGGAGGCGCAGUUACGAGCCUUGCCAUGGGUUCUCUCGUCGACAACGUCGGUCCCGCAUGGACCUUCCGCAUCCUCGGUUUCCUCAUCCUCGGCACCGGGCUUCCCGCUGCUUGGCUCGUCCAGGAACGCCGGAAACCCCCGAGCCGAUCCAUAGACUGGGGAAUCUUCCGAAAUGUCAACUUCUGUCUUCUCUUCGCCGCCGGCGCCAUCGGCUCCUUCCCUCUUCUCGUCCCGCCUUUCUUCAUACCGCUCUACAGCCGCUCCCUUGGGAUGGAGAUGAAGAUCGGCGCGUUGCUGGUGGCGGGGUUUAACUUCGCCUCGGCGGUGGGGAGGAUUCUGUCAGGAGUGCUGAGUGACAGGUUUGGAGCGGUUAACACGCUUCUGUCGGCACUGAUGCUCAAUGCGCUGACCAUACUGAUUCUGUGGCCCUUGUCAACCUCGGCAGCGAGUUUGAUUGCUUUCGUUAUCAUAAAUGGUGCAUCGAGCGGCGCGUUUUUUUCGGCGAUGCCAACGACGGUGGGGAAUGUUUUUGGCUCCAACAGGGUGGCCACGGCCAUGGGCUUCGUUGUCACAGGCUGGGUUGGAGGCUUCACAAUGGGUGCUCCCAUCGCGGGUUAUAUGCUCGACGCCUUUGGUGGAAGAGAAGCUGGUUUCCAACCAUAUCGCCCAGCAAUUUUCUGGGCCGGAGCAAUGGCUGCCGUGAGUGCGCUCUUGAUCGCAAUCAUGAGGUUGAGGCUGGGUCGGAUUAGUAUUGGCCGGUUGUCGAUUUUUAAGAAACGGUCAACACAGUGA